AUGGCCGACCUAUUGGAUUCGUUGGACAAGCUCCCCAAGAUCCGCCAAUUCGAUGCUUUCCCCAAAACGCAGUCGAUCUACACCCAACGCUCUUCCAAAGGCGGCCUGCUCACCAUCAUUUCCGCCGUGACAUUGCUCGCGCUGCUAUGGACCGAGCUCUCUUCUUACCUGUAUGGCGAACGCCGCUACUCGUUCGCGGUGGACAACCAGCUGCAGUCUUCGAUGCAGAUCAACAUGGACAUGACCGUGGCCAUGAAGUGUCACUAUCUCACCGUCGAUGUGCGCGAUGCCGUGGGGGAUCGGCUGCACGUCUCGGACUUGGAAUUCACCAAGGAUGGGACGACGUUCGAGAUUGGGCACGCGGAUCGGUUGGAUGCGAUGCCGAGGGAGGAGCUGUCGGUGCAAAAGACGAUCAACCAAGCGAGGAAGAAGCCGCUGUACCGCAAGAAGCCCAAAAACAAGAAGUUCAGUCGACAAGUAGCGUUCCAGAAGACGGCGCACGUCGUGCCGGAUGGCCCGGCGUGCAGGAUCUACGGGAGCAUGGAAGUGAAGCGCGUGACGGGCAACUUGCACAUCACGACGCUGGGACACGGAUACCUCAGUAUGGAACAUACAGAUCACAAGCUCAUGAAUUUGUCGCAUGUGAUCCACGAGUUCAGCUUCGGACCCUACUUCCCAGAAAUCUCGCAACCGCUCGAUUCGUCGGUCGAGACGACGGACAAGCACUUCACCGUCUUUCAGUACUUUGUGUCUGCUGUGCCGACGCUGUUUGUCGAUGCGCGCGGACGGAAGCUGCACACACACCAGUACUCGGUGACCGACUACACGCGCCAGAUCGAACACGGCAAAGGUGUUCCCGGCAUUUUCAUCAAGUACGAUAUCGAGCCUCUCCAAAUGACCAUCCACGAACGCUCCACGACGCUGAUCCAGUUCCUCGUGCGCCUCGCGGGCGUACUCGGCGGAGUCUGGGUCUGCGUGGGGUACGCCUUCCGCAUCACCAACCGCCUCACCACUUUUGCCGGCUCAGUGGCGACCGACGGAGACAGCCCCGAAUCCUACGCCGCCAGCUACGGCUACUCGAGACCGAACUUGGAGAAGUCCAACAGCUGGAUCAAGCCGAACGAUGCGGUGGACAAGCUCAAGGAUAAAUGGGCUGGGUUUGGCGGUGGCAUGGGCAGAAGCGGCCAUCGGAAAAUCGACAGCGUUCAGCAGAGGAUUCUUUCGGAGGAGGGGAGAGCGUACUAG